AUGCCGGACGCGGAGGACGCCUCGACGACGCCGGCAGUCAACCGGUCGUUCAAGUCGUUCAAGCGCAAGUACGGGAAGCAGAAGAUCAAGUUUGAAGCGGUGAUGAAGGAGAGCAGUACUCUCAUCCGUGAGGAAAUGCGAAUCCACGACCUGUCGAAGCGCCUCAGGGAGCAGAAUGACCAGCUUCUUGAACUGCUGCUUGAGCUGAACAGCACGGUGCACAUCUCCCGGUCUCUCCGGUACGGCCUCACCAAGCCAGAAGACUGCCUGCUGUACACGAGCAUGUCAGAGCAGACGGGCUCCAUCCCCGUCAUCGAAUGCGACGCCCAGACUGCCCGUGCCAAGCUCAUCGAGGCCAAACAGAAGCUCCUGGCAGGCGAGAUGACAGCAGAGGAGUGCAGGGAUCUCGAGCUGUCCAUGCUGAAAAGCAGCACUUUUGCGCCGUCGGCCAACAUCACUUCGCUCCUGAGCAAAGUGCCGCACACCCCGAUCCCGUUUGCGGAGGAUCCAGACAGCGAUCUCGACUCCGCCCUCGGUUUCAUCCACCCAGAGGACGACCUAGACUACUUGGUUCCCGGCGAACCUCAUCAUAUUGAUCUCACCAGCGCGCGUUCGGCUAGUAAACACUUACCGCCAGCCGACAAAGAGAGGGCACUCCUCAUCCGCAACCCGUCAUCGGUCUAUAACUGGCUACGCAAGAACAAGCCGCAGGUCUUUGCCCAUGAUGCGGAGGGGCCUCCCGCCGGCUCCAGCUCGGCUGCCGGCGCUGCUCAGCCCGAGAAGCCUGCCGCAGCACCACGGUCGGGUUCCUCGCGCUCAAAACGGGCUUCGGCCCAGGCACAGCGAGACGAAGAGAUAUACGACGAAGACGGCGUGUUGGUCGACGUCGUCGAGUCCACCGCCAACGCCAGCAGUAGAUCGAAGAGGAAGCGAGAAGAGGACGGCAUGUACCAUCCCAAGGGCGGAAACCGGGCGAGGAAGAAGAGAGACGACAAGCGCGCCAAACGACCGUCUACAGCGUCGAAUGCUGCUUCAUAG